GCUGCGGCACCAGUAUACUGCCUGCCGCUGCUGCCGUGUGACGUCCCUAACACCCAGACAAGCACAGGAAACAUCACUCUUCCCUCCGUCAGUACCCACACCUUCAACUCUUGCUCCUCCUACAGUAGACACCGAUCAUAACUACAGCCUGAGCCAAAACAACCCUCACUCACUACAACCACACACACACUUCCCGAGAGUAUAUUUACAAUAUACAAGCCACCAAUAACAAGACUAUCUUUAACUUUUAACUUCGGUCUUCUACACGCCCAGCACCAUGUUUAGUUACGGAAAGUUAGCCUGGCUGUUGCUACUGCUGAUGACCACGCUGAGCCAGGUCACUGGUAAGGCUCAGGUCACUGGUGAAGCGCAGGUCACUGAUAAGGCUCAGGUCAACAAAGGUCAAGCAGCCCUGAAGAAGACUGAGGACAAGACGCAGUUAGUCUCAGAUAUCAACGGUGACUUAGAGUCUCGGGUGACCAUCGGCGUGUUGGCUCACUUCAUGGCUGGGGCUGUACUGCUGGGCGGCCUCGCUCUGUACGGCGGCGGUCGUCACCCUCACAACGACCUAACCGCCUACAACGUCCCCCCACCCUACCACCACCGCCGCCACUAGCCCCGCCACCACCAC